CGCAUCACAACUUUUGGUUCCGACUCCAACUAUAAAUAUGACCCCAGUGUUAAAAGGUCUGGAGACAGUGCAAGUAAACGAACGUUUAGAAAACUAUUUAUUUCUUGAGUUGAAUUGGUCUUUAAGAAACCAUCUUGUAAAACAUGAAUAGAUUCAUUAGAUUUGUAAUAGCUGUCAGCUACUUGACCACGGUGAAUGCCGAAACAUCUGACCUGGGUCCUGUUGUAGCCACUUACACACCAGCAUGCCAGUUGGUAGUUGAUUAUAACUCCUCCGAAGUCCUAAACUUAACUGUAUCAUGCAAUUAUAUAAGUAUAUAUGCUGGGUAUUUAUACAGUGUGAAGCUUGGUUUCUGUACGGAAAAUGAGUACAACAACUUAACAGUGACGGUGUGUGGUGGUAACGUCACGGACACUGAAGUCAGUCCGGCUAGGACUAAUUUCUAUGCCGCCGUGAACAAUGUAUCCCACAGCUGUCAGUCCAACAUUUACACCUGCAUUAAGUCAUCCGUCAUCCCCAUUGUAAUGAGGCAGCAGGAGCAGUUCUGUUCCCUUAUGAGCCUUAACGUCAACGGCACAACUUCUGAGCUAUGCUUGACUACAGGAGACUACAACUGUACCCAGGACGAGUUUAACCAGCUGAAGACUGCUGCAUGUAGUGUCAACAGCACAACUGUGGAUCAGAACUUCUCCAGGGCAUUACUGAACACGACCUCAAAAUGUCAGUCCAUGAUCUCCCAUUGCGCUGGAACUAGCACAGAAGCUUGGAUAGAUGUGCUUGUUCAAAAGUACUGCGACUCUUUAAAGAUCAACAGCGACGCUGGAUCAGCCGAAGAAUGCUUUAAACAAGACGGUGCCUGCACUAGUGCGGAGUUUGAUAUGCUGAAGCUUGCAGCGUGUGGCCAGGAGACGACAACGUCAACGGUCAUCAGCCCAACCUCACCUCGAAAUACUGCCACCAACAUUUCUGUGGCUUCGAUUAUUUUUGUUCUCAGCUUGUCCGCAGCCUUCUGCGGAGGAUUCUUUUAGGUGUGAUUAUUAUCGCACAUGUUAUAUAUAUAUAUAUUUAAAUUAUAUGUUUUUAGUGUGCCCAAUAGUUUAUUAUUCGGGAAAAAAUCAACUAACUUGUAUGGUUGAUUGGUUAUUAGAUCUUCAUAAAUAUGUGAUGAAACGUUAGAAGCCUUUAGGAAAAUACACUAAAUGGUUUUGUGUUCUCAGAGUGUUUGUAAGUAACAAUGUUUGUUUAUUAAAGUGUUUACUUAAUUUAAAAAAAAAUUAUCAUCAUCAUCUUUCCUUUGAGUUCCUCGUGGAACAUAAGGCCUCAGCAAAAACACUCACUCUCCACGGUCUCUUGCUAGUUUUUUGAUGGCUUCCCAGCUCUUUCCUGUCCUCUCGGCUUCAUCUAGUAUACUGCGUCGUCAAGUUCUUUUUGGUCUUCCUCAAUGUCUUGUUUCCUGGGGGUUCAUUCUAAGGCCUGUCUAGCUCUGUUGUUGGUAUCUUUUCUAAGGGUAUGACCAAUCCAUCUCCACUUCCUCUCUAAGAUCUGCACCUCUAUUUUUUUCUGUCCACUCAUCUCCCACAGUUUGGUGUUUUCUACUUUGUCAUACCAGUGUAUUUUUAGGAUAUUUCUCAGAGAUCUGUUGAUUUUUUGUCUGUAUUUUUUUUUGUUGUAGUUGCUUCAGUUGUUCUCCAUUUUUCUGAACCGUAGGACCGCCUUGAUUCUUUUUUUAGUCUUGUUAGAGACGUGGGGAGAUUUCCAGGUUGGUUUCAGGUAUGUAAAUGUCUGAUUUAUACGACGUUUAAUGUCUUCACCUGUUACACCUGUUACACCGACUACACGUCUAAGGUAUAUAAAAUUAUCUUCUUGGUCUAUGGUCUGAGAAUCCAGUUCUAUGUCUCCAGUUUUUUUUUUUGUUUUAAAGAUUUUCUCAUUCGAAUUCAUUGAAGGUGUACUCGUUUUAAUUAUAUGAUUACGAUUAUAUUUAAUGUAUAAGGAAAUCAGAAAACAGUAAUGGAAGUUACAGAUAUAUGAAAAAAUUAAGAAUCGACAUCCUAAUGUAUUGAGGAGUGCCUCAUUAAGGCAAGGAUCUAAAUUGUAGUCUUGAUAGGGUUUCCGGUGUACAGAAUACAGAACUAUUAAGCGAACCUUUUUAAUCAACCAUAGGAUACAUUUGGUGCUAUUUUUCAUCAGCACAUAAGAAGCAAAUGUCUAAGUUGGUACACGUGUAGUCCAUUAUAAUGUUUAAUUUAGUUGUGGCGUCCUUGACAUUGUUCAUUUUGUCAAUUUAGUUCAUAAUCUCUCCAGGUCUUCUCUUUUCAUUUCCUUAUUUUUUUUUUUACUAGGCUCUAUUUUAUCGACAUCAUUCACAUUUGUUUAGUUUGAGUUCGCUUCUUUCUUUUUUAGCGACAUCACAUUGGUUUAGUUUGAGUUCGCUUCUUUCUUUUUUAGCGACAUCACAUUGGUUUAGUUUGAGUUCGCUUCUUUCUUUUUUAGCGACAUCACAUUGGUUUAGUUUGAGUUCGCUUCUUUCUUUUUCUUUCCUAACGUUUUUUAUUGCUUCAAUGUUUAGAGAACAAACACAGGCUCUGAACGAGAAAAUAUAAAAAAUAAAAUACUUUAAAAAAAACAAAGCUUCUAUUAAGCAUAAGCUGUAUCAAUUCGUCUGUAUUAGUCAUGUGAUUCAAAUUGUAAUGAAUAUAGACAAAUAAUAAAAAAGCAUUUAUAUAUAUAAAAAAAAAAAAGGAACGACAUGACUUACGAACUCGAGCCGAUGUGCUAACCACUCUGCUAGCCAGGUACUUAUGACUAGAGAAGAGUAUAUAGUCUUAUAUUGUUAAUUACAAUUUAGAGCGGCGACCUAUAAAAAGGGAAUAAUUCAGCUUUUACCACCACUUCAACUUCAGUCAAGUAAAAUUUCUUUCCUUAUUUCGAGAUAUCAAAUAAAAUAAUUAAUUACCAAAAGUUAAUUAACUAAUUGGCUAUUUUUUUUUUAGAUUGAUUCUUGUGUUGUUAAAUAAAUGGAAUAAUUUUAGCUUAAUUAGAGAUUUGGGUGUUUGAGAAAUAACAUACACAAACUUUUUAUCAGUCAGACAGACAGAGUUGAUUUAAGCUUUGUAAAAUUGUUUUAAAUUCAUUUGUAAUUUUGGACGAAUUUUUUUCUUGUUUUUUUUUUCUUUAUUUACCAAGAAAUUGAGUUAGAUAAAAAUGACUUGUUACUAUUUUAAGAAACCCAACAUCUUCGAGUUUCUUCAAUGGUGGAGUUUAUGUUUUUAUUAUUGAUUAAAAUAGCGAAUGUUGUU